AAAGCAUCUAUUAUAUUGCAUCACGUUCUAGUAUUCAAGAGGUUGAAAAUAUGUCUAUUAAUGAGCCAUCUCAGGAUGAAGAUCUAGAAAAUGAAUUGGAUAAAUCUCAUCAGGAUGUAGCAGUGGAAGGUGAUCAUUUUGGGCAAUGGUUUGUUGACAGCAUUAUAGAGAAUGAAGAGAACAUAAAAAACAACGAUCCAAGUUUUAAUUGGAUUCAGCUAUUUCAUGAUACGAAUGAGCAAGAAAGCAAUACAAAUGAAGGUUUUGUUGAUGAGCUAUUAUUUUAUGGAAGAGUAUGGGGUUUAGCACGUACUGCAACAAACAAACGAAAUUCUGAUUUAGAUGAUGAUUCAAAUAAAGAAAAUGAGUUAAUAAAUGUUCAACUUAGAAAUCCACAAAAAGUAAUUACAAGAGGCAGACCAAAAUCC